AUGCGGUAUCUCCAUAUGCAAGGAUGUCUUCACCGGGAUCUGGCAGCACGCAAUUGCCUCAUUGCGGCGGAUGGCAUAAUCAAAAUUUCGGAUUUUGGUCUCAGCCGAACUGAUGCACUUGAAAAAGACGAUGAAUGCGAAAUAACUGAUAUACCAGUGAGAUGGAUGGCGCCUGAAACGCUAGUCAGAAAUCCGCAGUUUUCGAAGAAAAGCGAUGUUUGGUCAUAUGGAGUACUUUUGUACGAG